GUAGCAAGUGGGCGCAACACAGUUUCUGAAUCCGCUUCCGGAGUGCCGACGACACCGAUGCCCACAGACUGAUCACAGGGCUUUUACCCGAACAGCACUGAAUGGUAGCAGCUGAAAGACGGGUGCGGAGCGAGGGUUGCCAAACCCGGAGGAUUUCUCACGGGUUACGGACUAGAAUGCUCUUCUAUAUGUAUCCCCAUACAUGGAUGACAGCCUCCAAACAAUCCUUAACAGAAAACUUUCAGCUCUACAUCUGAAGCGGGGGUGUUAUUGAGAUUUUCUGAAAGCCGGUCCAAGAGCAGACAUGAUGCAGGUGCAAACUGUGGGCUAACGGUGGUACUGAAAUGACUUGCUCGGCCGGCGCUGACGCGUUUCAUUGUGCCAUGCCAACCCCGCAUUGUCAGAUGCCAUUUUACUCUGCGUUAUCCCAGCGUCUGGAAUUCCAACAAACUGGGCCUGUUGUGUAAUUAGAAGUUCGUGAGGCUGUCGCAAACAAGCUGGUGCAAUGAGAAGCUACGCUGCCCCAGACAUUGUGCGCAAUUUGUGCUGAAGCUUAUGGGUCCUGCGUACUCAAGCUCCCGGCUUCCACUUGGAGAGGUGUGCUGCGGGGCUACAGCGCACUGGCUGUCGGCUUCACAUCUGGACCGCUUUGGUACUGUCAUCUGCGGCCUGUUCGGACUGUGCACUCCCUGAACUUGUGAUUAUACUGGGAACUGACGGAUGGUGUCGUGUUAGAGGGAAGGGGUGAUUAUUUUGGCCUGGACUUGACGUUAUCGGUGAUCCACUGGAACACCGAGGUCCAAAGCUGGACUGGCAGACUACUCAUGGAAAAAACGCUCAUCCAGCUAUGGAUUUUGCGUAGCGAAGUCACGCAUUUUUAAAGGCAACGCUAGGGUGACAUUGCAGUCUUCUCACCAUAUCGGUUAUUUCGUCGUCCGACAAAAAAAUAAAAGAGUGAAAGUGGAGUAUUGUCCGUCGUACGUAUCAACGCAGUGGGAUUUCUACGUCUGGUCGGCGUUCCCCCCCACCCUUCCCGCGGUGACGGUUAUGGGUCGGAAGCGGUGUGUCGGUGCAGAUUGUUCCAAGAUGGCGGCCGGGUGCUGCGGGGUGAAGAAGCAGAAACUGUCGGGAUCGCCCGGGUCGGGGGGUCCCGGCGGGGUGGGGGCGGGAAGCGGGGUGGCAGGAACCGGACAUUGUGGCUCGGAGCUGGGGAUUGGCUCCUCGGCGACCGUAGCAGCAGCGGCGAACGUGAGCAGAGCCAACGGCCUGGGGGGACCCGGGGGUAACGUUAGCGGCAGCAGCAGUAGUAGUGGUGGUGGUAGCAGUGGCACGAACGCUCUGUCCCCAGCCCCGGCCGGUUACACUUCAUCCGGCCUCUCCCCGAAUCUCAGCGCGGGACCUGGUUCGGGAAGUGGAGGCAGAAAAAUGGUCGUCUCCGCGGAGAUGUGCUGCUUCUGUUUUGACGUGCUUUAUUGCCAUCUGUACGGAUACCAACCUCCGAGAACACCCAGGUUUACAAACGAUCCCUACCCGCUGUUUGUCACAUGGAAAAUAGGCAGAGACAAGCGGUUGAGGGGUUGUAUAGGUACAUUUUCUGCCAUGAAUCUGCACUCAGGACUCAGGGAGUACACCCUUACCAGUGCCCUUAAAGACAGCCGCUUUCCCCCAAUGACGAGGGAUGAGCUGCCUCGCCUCUUCUGCUCAGUGUCUCUUCUCACCAACUUUGAAGACGUCGGUGAUUACCUUGACUGGGAGGUGGGUGUUCACGGUAUUAGGAUAGAGUUUUUCAAUGAAAAAGGAUCAAAGCGCACCGCCACCUACCUACCAGAGGUUGCAAAGGAGCAAGGUUGGGACCACAUUCAAACCAUAGAUUCCUUACUACGAAAGGGAGGCUACAAAGCUCCCAUCACAAAUGACUUCAGGAAGACCAUUAAGUUAACCAGGUACCGUAGCGAGAAGAUGACAAUGGGUUAUGCAGAGUACAUCGCCCACCGCCAGCACCAUCACUACCAGAAUGGCAUCGGGCACCCUCUACCACCCUACAACCAUUAUUCCUGACAGCGAGCCGCAUGACCAAUCAUUGGACCUCUCCGCGGACCUUUUCCCAGGAGAGCCCGCCCCCUCCUGGUCUAGCUAUUUCUACUACUGUACCAUUUUAUGAUGAUAGUUUCCGUUGCCAUGCUGGCCGUCUUCCCUGACGUUGACAUGGCAACGGGUGGCAACGAAGCAUCAUUUGAUUACGGCAAGAAAUCCACUCUUCUUUUUCUUCGCCUGUGGUUAAGUUUUUGCAGCAUACGUAAACCCAUAUCUAUUCCCCCCUUCAUUCAUAUUUUUGACAGAUAAAACCAAUAUUAGAUUUUAUUAAUCUUACAGCAAAACUAAUCAGGUGUUUGAUUCUGUGGAUGGAAGGAAGUCUUUAAUAGGGUGGAUUAGUCUCACGCUUAUAUAUUGUUCAGGCUUUUGCUUCGAUUUAACAUUUACUAAAAGUAACUCUUUAAUUUUACUCUCCUGACAUGUAAACCAUGUAGCAAGGCCACUGCAGUUCUCAAAGGCUGUGUCGUCUCUAUUCUGAUUCCUCUCAAAAAAAAGAAAAGAAAUAGAGUGACGUUGAGGUUGUGUUCGCCUUGAAAUCUCUUGUAGUGAUGUAGUUGGGGCUUUAUAAUGGGAUCUGUGUACUCCAAAGUAUAGCUUGUAGGAUUGUGAUGCCCUCUGACCAGCCUUAACUGGCAGUGUUUAGUGUUGAAUCUCACAAUCAUGUGUGUAUUUCUGUGUGUGGAUAUAGAUAUUGCUCUGUCACCAAAUUGAAACCUGUAGGAGAAAUUAGAAAUUGGAGUUCUACCGCAAAGUUUCCCCUCUGAGAUAUUUGACGCCCUGUUCCUGAGUAUUUGAAGUGUUUUGUGUUGGACCUGUAAACCUUGAACUGCGUAUUUUAGGCUAGAACUUUAGCUUUGCUUUCUUCUUUUUUGUUUGAUGAGCUUUUCCAAAUUUAAAUGUGGAGGAAGCCAUUUUGUCAGGGGAUAAAGAAGUCCACACAGGUGAUUCGUUGAUGUAAAAACAGGUUAAAGUGGUUCUGACUGAUUUGCUUUGGAGAGGUGGAGCAGGCGUAACUACAGGUCCCAAGACAAAAAAAAAAAAACAAGCAUGAGAAGUGCUUUGAUUUAAAUGUUCUCUGUCUGUUGGUUUGUGAGUUUACUGGCAGGGAGUCACUCGACAGGGACAUGCUUUUACUACUCGAAGCCAUAUUCUCUUCUUACUCUACACUCUGUAAAGUAGUCUGCUGUUUGGCUUGAAGUGUUUGCAUUCGGUGCCACUCAACUGGUAGCCUCUGAUGUUUUCACUCUUCAACCUCUGAAUGCAAACUUCUUACACCAGCCAGCCUCAGACGAGGCUGCACCACUGAAUGCUACUCGUCACACCUGGCGGUUUUCACUCAUCAGUCACAGGUCACGCGUAUUGACUGUGUCGUCGUAGAAACAUUGUCUUGCCUCAUCAGAUUAUAGCUAACCAUUGUCACUCGUCCACUAAGUAUGAUGUAUUAAAAAACUGUCAUUUUUGAAUGAAGACACACCACUGAGACGCACAAUGAAAGUGAUCUGACACCUUUGUGUCAUUACAAAGUGCAUGUCAUUGUGCAGAUAGUUGAUUUAGUUGUUGAAAGCGCACCUCCACCCUUCUCUCUCUAAACUCUCUGCUGUUCAUUGAGAUCCCGUCGUCACAGGAAGUGUUUCGCUCUGUGCUCUGUUUUGUCAGCUGUCUGGCACUAGGUUAGAGCAAACACAGUCGACUUAGUCAGAGCUGAGUCUUUGCAUGGGGCCAAGCGGCUCGCAGUUAAAGGUCUACACAUAAAAAAGCCAGGGCUUUGUCAAGGACUUAAGAAGCCAUCUCCCACCCUGAUAUGUGUCAUCGUUGUGAAUCACAUCCACACACACAUUAGGCUAGUUGGAUUUCCUUUCCAGAAUGUUUGAGGGGUCACGUUGUGUGACCAGCUCGCUUUGUGGAUCAGUUUUAGUUUUGGUAACUGGAACAUUUUUUGAGAGGUUUUUGUUACUCGACCAACAUCUUUCUUUGUAACAGCCUUUACUAACUGACAGGUUAUGUUUUUUCUUUAUGCAAAAACGUCAAGGGCUUUUGGCACUCCAUCCACAGUAACCCGAAAUGACCCAGAUUUAAGUUGUGUUGCCUUAAAUGAAUGAUUUAACGAACGGUGGGGCCAGUAGAUGACGCUCUGAGUGUUCCUCUGUCCCGUGGUCUGUUUGUUCCCCGACUCAUCUUCACACCACAGUGCAGGAAAGGAACUCACAUGAUGUUUUCCUCACUUGAAUGCGAUACAACGUUGUUAUGGAGGCUCCUGUAUGCCUGCUGCCUCCUGUUUCCUCGUCUUAUUCAGCUGCUGGUCCUCAACUCUUUCACCUCUGAAAGCCCCUCAUACACUCAUACUCUAAAAAAAAAUAGUCAGACACUGUGGUGGUGUUACUCCAAACCCAUGGGUGAAAAGCUAAUGUAUCCUUUAAAGAGAAAAGACACUACAUAAAGACCCAGAGGAACAGUCAGGCGCUCAUUUCUUGCUCCAUUAAAUACAGCACAACCUGAAUUUUUCUGCUGCAAAACCAAAUUGACCAUGCUCUUUUACAUAUAUGUCUUUGUAUACACAUGCAAUGUCUUCAGUUGCAUGUAUGUAUGAGUAUGAGACCUAUGGUUUUAUCCAUGAUAUGCUUGAUCUAUGGCUUAGACACUCUUAUUAACCAUUAAGAGAUUUAAAAGACAAAUAUGGUGCUAUCGGACCUCAUAUUGGGGUGGUCACAGCUCGUGACUGGUCAUGCGGACUCAUUGAUCAUAUCAUACUUAAAGAUGCUGCAUGUAAGAUUUUCUCUGUGGUAUUUGGCUGUGAAAUACGUCAUGACGACACGUUUCAAACCUGAAGGAUGUGUUCAUCACCGUUAAACAGUAGCCCCUUUUAUUCUGUCCAAUGUGGGUGAUUUUUGGGAUCAAUUCCCUAUGGGAAAACAGACUGAUAUCUAUGACAUAAUGAAGGAGGAGGAGUCCCUGCAGCAAACCCAUCACAGGGGCUGUGAAUGUACUGUCAGUGGUCGUUAUUUCAUUUGAGCAGCCAUACGAUAAGAGAAAAUCCUACAUGUGUUACCUUUACUAUCCUUGAUAUAUGCAGAUCUGUUCAACAGGUGUUUAUUUUUUUUUCCUACCAGUGCAAGUCAACACCCGUUGCAGGUUUGAAAGGACAAGAAGUCACACGUAGCCUCCCCCCCCCAAUCCCCGUCGAUACCCCCUCCCCACACUGUGGCCCGACCUCAUGGCCUAGUUUGUCCAGGCGUGACGUGUGUGUCGUUCAGUAGAAGGUGGCAGUAGUAGUAGUAGUGCUCGUUGCCUCUCCUGGAAAACCAGAGGCUGCUUAUUUUCCGAGCACAUCCUCCGUUUUCCUCUAGCUGCUGAAUCGUUUGACCUCUUCUGAAAAAAGAAAAGUCUGAGACGUCAAAGUGAAAGGCCUCGUCAGGUAGGCCUUCACUGUCGCUCUCAGACGGCGUUUGAAGGUGAGCAACUCCUCUAAUGGGACACAGAGUUAAUGUUUUACGUAGAACACGUAGGAUUCUAGUCGUGCUUCUGUACUGAUCAACUGUUUUUGACAGCAUUGAUACCUCAUGGGACGUUAUGGAACGACAUUAGUAGUUUGUUGUAGCAGAUCGUGUUUUGGUUCCAUACCAGGGUUAGAGUUCAGCCUCAGCAUUCCCAGCGUGGUCAUUCUCAUAUUUCGAGGAAUGCUCAAGCUCAUGUUACCUUCGUAUGUUUGACUGAACCAAAGAUGCCAGCGGCCAUGCCCAAAUGCUGCUCUUCAGGCUUGGCUUCCUGUCCUUCCAAAAGACACCCCUGCAAUUGACAAAAAAAUGUUUUAUGUCUUUUUUUUUUUUUUUUGUGCGAUUUCUCAACUGUCUUGACUUAUUGAGCAACCCAAUUUUUCAAUGAAUUUUCAUUGAGUCUAUCUCUGAAGCUGCUCAUGGCGUCACAGAUGGUUUAAAAAAAUGGUUGCAUAUUGUUGUUACUUGUUUUGUUUAUUAUUAUUAUUAUUAUUAUUAUUAUUAUUAGCAGUAGUAUUGCUAUAAUUUACAAAAAUGAAAAUCCCAUGGUGUGCCUCCUAGCUUUAUGGGUUUAUAAAUGUUUUUUUCCCUAAAGACCAGCAGUUAUACUUUGUAUAAAAGAUGGAUUUUUCCUUAUUUUUUAUGCCAUUAAAGAUAAAAAAAAGCCUGUUUUCUUUACUCUGGACCCAGUAGCUGCACUGGUAUACAAUCGCACUGAUAGAUGAAUAAAAAAAAAAGAAUAAAUGAAUCAAUAAUAAUAAUGAUAAUGACAAAUGAAAUAAGAACUACAAUAAACUUGUGUUUGAAACUUUUAUUAUAAAACUUUAAAAAGCAAAUAAAAAAAGAAAAUGACUGUUUUUGUACAUCAAAAUAAAUUCUUUUCAAAAGAA